GCUAGUGGGAGUCCCACAGGCGGAAGGAGCUGCUGUGCCAUUCAUUCCCGGGGUUCCGCUCUCACCGCUGCCUUCAUGACUUGUGAGGUUUCGGUGCUGUACUUUGCCAAGAGUUCUGAGCUAGCGGGAGUCCGUUCUGAGACUUUAACAGUAUCGCAAGAAAUCACAUCUCAGCAACUCUGGGACCAACUUGUCCAUUCUCACCCAAGUCUGUGUGCAAUACGAGACCAAGUGGUUCUCGCUGUCCGUCAGGAGUAUGUGCCCAUUGGGAACGAGCUGCUGACCCUAAAUACAGGUGACGAGAUUGCAGUUAUUCCACCAAUCAGUGGGGGCUGAUUUGUUCAUCAGCUGAAAUGAAUGAAGAUGCAGAGGAGCCUCAGGAAUUCAUUAAGAUAACACACAGCAGACUGUCAGCUGAUGAAGUCUCCCAGUUAGUUACUUCUCCUUCUUGUGGGGCUGUUUCCAUCUUUAUUGGUAGUACAAGAAAUACCUUUGAUGGGAAGAAAGUUGUUCGGCUGGAGUAUGAAUGCUAUAUACCCAUGGCAGAAAUGGAAAUUAAGAAAAUCUUCCUAGAUGUAAGGCGGCAAUGGCCACAUGUGAAGCAUUUGGCUGUUCAUCAUAGACUUGGACUGGUGCCUGUGUCAGAAGCUAGCGUGGUUAUAGCUGUUUCCUCACCACACAGAUCUGACUCUUUGGAUGCUGUGAAAUAUUGUAUAAACAGGUUAAAAGCAACAGUGCCUAUCUGGAAAAAGGAAGUCUAUGAAGAGGAGAGCUACUCAUGGAAAGAGAAUAAAGAGUGCUUUUGGAAAGACCAAGAUGAAAUAUGACUCAGAUAUAUGAUUUAUACCUUCAAAACCAGCCCAGGAGCAUUUAGUAAAUCCAAAGUUUGUAUAUUUCUCAGUGUUAUUCAAUGAUAAACGUGCUAGGUUCAACAUUCUCUGUGAUUUUUAGUGAUUUAUCCAUUAAAAAUUCUUACUGUU